GUGCGUGCGCGCGCAUGAGUAACAUUCCAGUCCGUGUGGACAACAGGUGCACUACAGCCCUGAUCCACCAUUCUGUUGGAUGAUGCCCACAGAUCGCCGCUUGUCGCUUCACGCAGGGCUUCUUCGUCUGGACUCGGAACACUGGCAAGUUUUUAUGUCCUGAUUGCUUCCAGCCGCAAAGAUGCCUUUCCCACCUAUUAGCCUCCAACAACGGAUCUCCUCACCCGGUAGGGAACUAUUCGGAAAAAAGAAAGCCAACGGAGUGCCUUCUCAGACUGAGCAAACCGGUAAAUGUGUCGGAGAAAAAAGGGGGUCUGAUAAGGAAAAGCAGACCAUAUCUUGGGCAUCGGCCAAUAUAAGGAAUCUGGGGCGAAAAGCUCAGCUAGAGAAGAAUAAAAGCCCAGCUCAGAAGCCUGGUGCUGGGCAAGAGGCUCAGGUGAAAUGCUCCUGGUUGUCGGUGCCUAAGCCGCAGGAUUCAUCCCAAGGAAUGAGGCGCUCCAGUUCAAUGGACUCCACCAGACAUCUCCAUGGAAAAGAGGAAGGGAAGAAGGAGAUUCAGUUUACCCUCAGUCUCACCCCUGAAGCCAUUCUUGUCAUCCAAAAACGGAAUCUAGAAAAACAGAUGCUGGCAAAGCAGCAGAAAUGUUGCGCCUCCGCCGACUUUCGGCACCGACGAGUUUUUCCAUCCAAAAAGGCUCAUGGGGGGUCCAGGAGCUGCGCUCCUGGCGCCAAAAUGGAGAGCGCCGAGCAGGACAUCACUGCAAUUGUUAAAAUAUCUCUGCUAAACGAUCAACACAAGUACGAUGAUGUGGAAUACGAGGAGGAAGACGGAGAUGUAGACGAGACUGUUGUAAGGAAAUGUAAAGAGUGGCUGAAAGGGGUGGAAAACGCAGCUGCUUUGGGAAAAGUCGACAAACUUUCUGCACUUCCGCACCUUAAAGGCUGCUGACACCUGACGCUCAAUCUUUAUUUCUUUCAUUUUAAAAAAACGCUCUUGACUUGAUGGACCAGUGAAACUUGCGCACAGAUGUUUGCCUGUUGAAUCUAAAGUGUGUAAAGUUUUCAAACGAGGGGAAGAAAUUCACUCCGAAAGAAUGUCAACCUCGGAAUUGAAACAGGCGUCGCUGACUAGAAAAUGUCAGGUUUAGGAAAAUUGAGUAAAUUAGUAAGUUACAUUUGAGUAAGAAUAAUUAUUCACUUUUCAGCCAAAACAAACGAACAACAGCCUGUUUCAUUCAUUCGGAUGAAUAAGGUUCGGUGGGAGGUUGCUUGGCAACAUUAAUAUUAUUUAAGUGUUGCCGUUUAUUCUUUAUUAAUCAUUUUAGUUCCAGUUUCAUCUUAAUAUUAUUGUCAUUUGCACAUGGGUUUUGUUUUCAGUGGCGCGCCAGUGGAUUGGCAGAGGAGUCUGCGUAAAGGCACGCGAAAGGUUCCUUUGUGUUGGAGAACAAUAAACUGGUCAACAACAGGGCUUCAUUCGCCUUCUAAUGAAACCAAACUGGAUUAUUUACUUUCUUUCUAAUAAAAAGAAAGAAUUAACAAUAUUUAAUAUUUAUUAGCCUAAAUAUUUUCAUGUGAAAUAUUUUUUUGGGCUCAUGACGGUAAUCUUUUCUUUAUAAUAUCUGACCCUUUCAGAUAAUUUAAAGUUAAUUUGCUAUGUGUCUCUUACAUAAUUCAGUUGCUGAUUUGUGAUCAUUUGGAUUACUCAGACUUAUGACUGGUUCCCAAGGAGCAUUUUAAAGGUUCUUUGUUUCCACGGUAUAGCUGGGGCCAUUUGGGCAUUAGUGUUCUAAGCUUCUUAGAUUUCCUGUUAAGUAGGGUUGACCAAUGUACUGCAAGACCCAGGUGUAUGAUCUCUUCAAGAAAUACCUCAAACUAUAUUCAUUUCGUCAUAUCAAACAAAACAUGUCAUGUUUCCACAAGAGGUCAACAGUCUUUGUAUCCAAAUCUGAAAGAUAUUUUUAAGCAAAAAAUGCCAUAUCUAUCUAAUAUGCUGCAAAGGUUAGUUUACUGAAAGCUUCACCCUGACAUUUCCAAACUGUUGUGGUACUCACUGCACUAUGUUUUGCUGUUAAUGUGCACUGCUCAGGGAAAAAUAGCUGGCUGGGGCACUAGAACAUCUUGGCUUUUAGCAAUAUAACAAAAUACAGUCAAACAUCACAAUAAAUGAGAAUUAAAGCCAUAAAAUGAC